AUGCAGCAGGUGAUUAAGCGACUCAAGCGACCAUCACAGGUUGCGGCAACCGAAGAAAAGAAGCGUGGUGGUGAUGGUAGUAACAAUAGUGCUGGUGGCAAUGCAGUCACAAAGGGCCUACGCCACUUUAGCAAGCUCGUGUCUGACAAAGUGGCGGAGCGCGGCGUGACAACCUACAAUCAAGUUGCGGACGAGCUCGCAGCCGAGAUACGCGAUGGUCGCAAGCAAGGCUAUGAUCAAAAGAACAUCCGUCGACGCGUAUACGAUGCUCUCAACGUGUUGAUGGCCAUGGACAUCAUUGCAAAGGAUAAGAAGGAGAUCCGCUGGCUUGGUAUUCCUGCCAGUCUCCAACAGCCCGUCGACCAUCAGCAACAUCAACAAAGCAGCAGCAACACCAGCAGCAGCAGCAGUACCAAAGAACGAGAACAACUGAUGCAACAGAUUCAGCAAGAAGAACAGCGACAGCAUGAGCUGAUGCAAGCAACGCAACAGAUGCGCAGCGUCGUAAGCGAUAAGAUGGAGCAGUACCUGCAAAUCAGACAGCUCAUCCAUCGCAACCAGCUCAACGGUCCCACCAACAGCAGUAUAGACGGCGAGGAUAACAACAUUUCAUUACCGUUUUUUGUUGUCGGAUGCAGCGAUCCCCACCAUGUCGACGUUGCUCAAGAUGGACGAGAGGCAGUCAUCAGCAGUAAUAGCAGCAGUAGCAACGACGAUGACGAUGACCAAGGGAAGACCAGUAUGCCCAUUUACGAAGAUGCACGUGUCCUGCAGGUGCUGGGUUUCCAUCACAUGUCAAGACAAGACAAGCUUGCAUUUUUGCCAGAUCCAAAUUGGGCCCCGUAUCUUCAAGACACUGUCGCUGCGGCUUCAUAA